UGAGAAACUACCAACUUCAUGUUGCUGAGAGUUUAGCUAUGGCGGGCGUUUUGACAGCUGAGUGCAAGGAGUACUUGUUUAAAGUUUUGGUGAUCGGAGAGGUAGGUGUGGGGAAGACCAGCAUCAUUAAACGGUACGUUCACCAGCUUUUCAACGACAACUACAGAGCAACUAUCGGAGUUGACUUCUCCCUAAAAGUUAUCAACUGGGACAGUACGACACUGGUGCGAUUGCAACUAUGGGACAUAGCAGGUCAGGAGCGGUUCGGGAACAUGACCAGGGUGUACUACAAGGAGGCGGUGGGGGCGUUCAUCGUGUUCGACGUGACGCGGGCCCCCACCUUUGAGGCGGUCGCCAAGUGGAAAGAGGACCUGGACAGCAAAGUGAAGCUGGCCAAUGGCAGCCCAGUCCCCACCGUGCUGCUGGCCAACAAGUGCGACCAAAAGAACGGCGGUGACACGGACGACCCCGCCCUCAUGGACAGCUUCUGCAAGGAGGCCGGCUUCCUGGGCUGGUUCGAAACUUCAGCCAAGGACAACAUCAACGUGGAGGAGGCAGCCCACUUCCUGGUAGAGAGCAUCCUGGGUAAUGCCAAAGGGGCUCUCUGCGAGGAGAACAACGGCGACGGGGUCAAGCUGGACGAGGUUCCCCUGGUGGCUGAGAGCCAAACCCAGUGCUGCUAGCACUGGCAGUGGAAGGGCACGGGAUCG